AUGGAUGGGGGUGUACCUGAUCAACAAAUUCAAACCCAACCUCAAAAUACGAUUCUAUCAAAUGAAAUAGUGGAAAUACCUAUCCGACAACUGAACGAGACAGCCCAAGAGCAAUUAUCAAGUCCUACGAAUGCCUUAGCAGAACACGAUACUACUAGCGCGGAUAUCACUGAGAUCACUACCGAAGCAUUGGUUGAAGACGAUAGCUCGAAGACACCUAAUAAAUAUGAACAUAAAAGUAACAUCAAAUCAAUAUUGAAUGGGGUGGACAUUCAAAACUAUUUGCAAUACACUGCUGCAAUGAUUAUGGGUGUUCCAUUAAAGAAUUUGGAAGAUCAUUCUUUAUCGUUGUUUGAAGCUGGAAUGAAUGAGUCAGAAAGCCUAAUAUUCAUGAAAAAGAUCGAUGACAUUCUUCCAGCUGGUGUUGAAAUAACAACAUCAUUUAUUUCCGAUCAUCCAAGUAUAAAUUCGAUCGUAAAGUUUAUCAUGGACAUAGUCGAUGAAAAUGGACAUUCUGACGAAAAUGAUAAAGAAAUUCGAAUAGAACAGUUACAACAUUCUUUGGAAGACAUUGUAGAUAAAUAUACUCUUUACAUUCGAGAUAGUUAUACUCAAUCUGCAAUAGUUGCAUCACAAAAGAUCGAAAAAGUUUUUCUUUUGACUGCAACUGGUUUUCUUGCAUCUCUUAAACGUUCAUUCUUACGUAACAAUUUGGACACCUCUUUGAUUGACUCUGGUAGAUUGAUCGCACUCGGUGCUAAUUUAUCUGAACCUUAUCUGGGCUUAUCCGAGAAUCAAUAUGAGAUUAUGUUAAAUGAUAUCACUACAAUAAUACAUGGCGCUUCCUGCGCAAAACCUGGCAUGCCUUUAACCGCUUAUGAAAAUUUGACUAUUCUUGGAACGGCGAAUUUAUUACUUUUUAGUGCUCAAAAAGAAUUUUAUUUCAUAUCAAGUAUUGAUGCUUGUGCUAAUAGUUCUUGGGAAAAUGUGCCUGAAGGCAUAUUACCUUUAAAAGCUUCCAUCACUACUUGUGAUGGGUUUGGACUUUCGAAAUUAGCUAUCGAAACAAUCAUCACAAAUACAUUUGAUUACUUACAAUUGGAACAGGUUAGUAUCACCAGAGUAGGUCAGAUUACUUCCCACACAGAAACCGGUGUAUGGGAUCCGAAUGAAUGGGUUCCAAUGCUUUUAGGAAUUGCUGGUUUAUCUGGUCGAAUGCCGACGUUUGAUGCAAAUCUAGAUUGGAUUCCUGUAGAUGUUGCUGCAAAAGCAAUUGUAGAUUUGGUAUCAUCCAAUACAACAUUCAGAAUACAAGUAUUUCAUAUAAGUAAUCCAAAUCCAACAAUAACAUGGGAACAAUAUUUGAACAAGCUCGAAGAAUCUGGAAUGAAAUUCUCUAGGCAAGAAUUGCCGAAGUGGUUGGAGAAAUUAUGGAUUGAUGUUGAAGAAAAUUCUUACGAUGAAAAUAUUUGUUCAUUAUUAACUGGACAUUUUAAUAGAAUGGCCUUCAAUCCUGAUAACGAUCAGAAAAAUCAUGCCUUACUAGAUCUGACAAACACAAAAUCACUGACUGGCAUAUUAUCGACAUGUCCAAGUUUAAAUAAUGAAUCUCUAAUUAAAUCUAAUAUUGAUUGGUUAAAAAACACUGGCCAUUUAUCGGAGAUUGGCUUAGAUCAACAAAAAUCAUUAUCUAAACCCGAGCUUAAAUUAAAAAGACCGACAGAAAAUGGUGACACUGGAUUUUUGGAGUGGAUUUAUGUUACCGUACCUUUGAUGGUGCUAUUUUUUAUUAUUGAUCUUUUAUGGAAUAUUUUCUCUAGGAGUUUUAUGGAAAUUACUGUUGUGGCCGUAUGGUUAGAAGACAUGAAAAUAAUGAUAGGAAAAAAAGAGUUAAUAGAAGAAUUAAAAGGAUUGCUUGAUAACAUUUAA